AUGUCAACACCAACAGCCACCGCCAAUACGACUCCUCUUGUUGUUGGAAUGCGCAGUGCUGAGAAUCUUUUCGAAAAUGACAGAGAAGAACAGACCAUCACAAACCAAACUAUGAUUACUCAUCCGCCACAUGCCAUUCCAUCCAUUUAUUCAAAUAUGGAAUCUCUUGCGGCGAUCAGUAGUAGUAGCACUUCAUUCACAACCACUUCUGCUGCCGUAGUUGUUGAGAACAACAAUAAUUCCAUCUCGAUUGAAAUGAAAUCCUAUCAUCAGAAUCACAAUUCUGUAAAAGGUUCGUAUGGUCGAACAGUUCCGAGUGUCAUGUUGGAAUGGCAUGACUUGACCUAUGUGGUGAAAGUGAGACCCUCAUUGCCAGCCUCGAAAUUGACCACUCCUCGAGAACGAUUGGCAUUUACAAUGAAGAAUUUAUUUAGAAAGGAACAAAAAGUCAUUUUGCAUGCCAUGAGUGGUUAUGUGAAACCUGGUUCUGUUUUGGCAAUUAUGGGACCUAGUGGAGCUGGUAAAACCUCUCUCCUCAAUAUUCUCUCUCAACGAGUCAAACCCACUAGUGGCUCUCUCCUCGCCAAUAAAUCCAAAGCAGGAAAAGCCUUUCGAUCCAUCAGUGCCUUUGUUCAACAAGAUGAUGUCCUGUUGCCUAAUCUCACCGUCCGAGAGACCCUUCGUUAUACAGCUCUUCUCCGUUUAGAUUCCUCAAUUCCCAAUAAGGCCAAGAUGGAACGAGUGGAUACCAUCAUGCAGGAAUUGGGACUUUCCAAAGUGGCCGAUACGAUUGUGGGACUUCCUGGACUUUCGAAAGGAAUUUCGGGAGGUGAGAGAAAACGGCUCUGUAUUGCCAUUGAGUUACUCACGGAACCGAGUGUGUUGUUUUUGGAUGAGCCAACGACAGGUUUGGAUGCAAAAACAAGUUUGAAUGUAAUUCAAUUGAUCAAUCGUUUGGCUCAACAACAUGGAAGAACAAUUGUGUUGACGAUUCAUCAACCUCGCAGUGAUAUCUUUCAAUUGUUUGAUCGUCUAUUAUUGUUGGCACGUGGCAAAAUUGCCUAUUUUGGUGACGCCCACAAAGUCAUUCCUUAUUUUGAAAAAAUUGGAUAUCAAUGUCCUGAAGAGUUCAAUCCAGCUGAUUUCGUCAUGGACAUGGUCACAGAAAAUCCAGCUCUUGCUUCAGAAAAUUCAGAAAAGGGAAAACGAUUUAAAGUUGAACAAGAGAAACGUAUUGAACGAAUCUUGUCCUUCUAUUCCGAUUCAGAAUUGAAAAAGGAGAAUUCUCAAAUAAUGGAAAAGACUUUAUUGCAGUCACAAAAUGAAGGAGAGCCAGAACUCACCACACUCAAGAAAUCAUCAAAAUAUAACUCGAAUUGGUUCUAUCAAUUCUUCGUGGAUCGAUUGGGAGUGUUAUUCUUCUCGACUAGUAACUUGUUUUUUGGAAGUCUAUCCUCCUCAUUGAAUAUUCUCCUUCAGGAUAAACCAGUCUUAUUGAGAGAACGUGGAGCGAAAAUGUAUCAUGUGAGUAGCUUUUAUUUAGCACGUGUGGUAGCAGAUAUUCCAGGAGCAGUGUUUUAUCCGAUCUUGUUUGGCUCGGUGAUUUAUUGGUGGCUAGGAUUGAAUGCUGCAGUCGAGAGAUUUUUCAUGUUUAUUUUGAUUAUUGUGGUCAUGAGUCUGACAGGACAAGCUUUAGGAUGUGCCAUUGCUAGUUUUGCUCCAAAUCCUGGGGUGGCCUUUACAAUCAUGCCUGUAGUGGCAACAGUGCUCAUGUUAUUUGGAGGAUUUUAUAAGAACUUGGCAACUAUUCCAGUGUAUUUUAUUUGGAUUUAUUGGACCAGCAUUUUCCACUUUGUUUUCGAGUCAUUUGUCAUUAAUGAGUUUAAGGGAUUGAAGCUGGAGUGUCCUUCCUCUUCUUUCUGCCCAUUUCCUAAUGGUGAUGCUGUGUUGGAGAAUUUGGAAAUGGACACGGUGAUGUCGGUGACUUGGAUUAACUUGGGAUUGGGUCUCGCUCUCAUCCUGGUGUAUCAUAUCUUUGCCUAUACUUGUUUGAGAUUGGUUGUGAAACCAAAAGGAGGUUAA